AUGCAGCGGAUCUGGUCCGACUCACACCGCUUCGGCCUCUGGCGGAAGAUCUGGCUCGCCGUCGCCGAAGCCCAGCACGAGAUGGGCCUGCCCGUCACGAAGGAGCAGGUCGAAGAGCUCCGCACGAAUCUCGACAUCACUGACGCCGACAUCGACCGCGCCAAAGAGAUCGAACGCGAACUCCGCCACGACGUGAUGAGCCACGUCCACGCCUGGGGCGAGAAGUGCCCGAACGCGAAGGGCAUCAUCCAUCUGGGGAUGACGAGCCAGGAUGUGAACGACAACGCGGAGUUGUGGCAGAUCAACAAAGCACUGAAGGUGAUACACCGCAAGCUCGCACAACUCGAGCUCGCAUGCGGUGUAUUCGGAAUGACGUGGAAAUCAACGCCAACGCUCGCGUUCACGCACUACCAACCCGCUCAACCCACAACACUCGGGCGCCGGGCCGCGCAAUGGGCCUUCGAUCUUCAUGUCUCCAGUUUCACUCCGUACGACGAGUACCCGUUGCCAAUCCGAGGAGUUCGCGGAGCGACUGGCACGAUGGCUUCGUACUUGAGUCUUUUCGACAACGAUGCUGAGAAAGCACGUCGACUCGAUGCGAAUGUUGUUCGACGAUUGCGGGCGGAAAUCGACGAGCAGCAAAAAUUUCCAUACGACCUGCAGGCGCGUACGCAUCAGAUCGAGCAAAACGAAAAAUGGCGAGCCGAUGCGGUAAAGGAAGGCAACGACGCGAGGGCUGAUCACUUCGCGGAGCAAAUUGAGCAACUGUCGUCCAUGACAGAUGAAGACUAUGCCCAUGGGAUCUUUGAAUGCGGUCACUCGAACUACGCAUUUGAGCUCACCACCCAAACCUACCCCCGCGUCUUCGACGCCCAGGUCGUCUCCGGCCUCGCCUCCAUCGCCUGCGUCCUCCACAAGAUGGCCACCGACAUCCGACUCCUCUCCAACCGCAAGACCGCCGCCACCCAGUGGCUCGAGCGCACGCUCGACGAUUCCGCCAACCGCCGCCUCACCCUCCCCGAGGCCUUCCUCGCGCUGGACGGCUGCCUCGACAUCAUGCGCAACGUCAUCUCCGGCCUCGUCGUCCACGAGAAGACCAUCGAGAAGAACCUCAUGGCCGAGCUCCCCUUCAUGGCGAGCGAGAACCUCAUGAUGGAAGCCGUCAAACUCGGGCGAGACCGCCAGGAGGUCCACGAGGCCAUCCGCCUCCAC